AUGGAUCGCCUCGGCUCCAAGCCUGUCGCGUAUUCCCUCGUGGGUCACCACGGAUUGUGCCCCGGAAACUGCGGGGCGAAGCAGAGCUCGCCCAACGGGAAGCCGUGGCUGGACGCGAUGGUUUCGACGAUCGCUCACGAGAUCGCGGAGGCUGCGACGGAUCCCGAUGCCAGAAGUGGCUGGUUCGACGGUAACGGGGAGGAAAACGCUGAUAAGUGCAGCUACGAGUACGGGGACACGCUAACAGCUCAGAAUGUGAAGGGCGAAGAUGCAGAGUACAACCUGGUGGGGCUCAACGGUAUGAAGUUCAUGGUGCAGCAGAACUGGGACAUGGCGACGGACUCGUGCGUAUCGCAGGCGACCGAGUAG